UCCAUGAUGGCCGAACAACGUGUCAAUAAUACCGCACUUGUUCCUCCUUUCCAACCCGGCCAAGAUAUUACUGCUUGGAUCAAACAAUUCCAUCUGGCUGCUAAAGCUCUUGGUAUGAACAAUGAAGGAAGCCGCAACAUGCAAUUGUUGAAAUAUUUACCUCAAGAAGCCACCGACUGGUUGUUACGCGUUGCCAACUUGACUAGCGCUAAGGAUGUUCGUUCUAAGCUUGAAAGUGUCUAUGGUAUCGACCCUCUGCUACAAAAGACAUUGUGCCGUCGAAAGCUUGAAGCUCUUAAACAAGGUACCCGCCGCGUAGCUGAAUACCGCAUGAACUUUGAAACCAUUGUUGAGGACUUCCCUGAAUCUCACACUUUACCAGAUGAUGUCUUAAGACAUAUCUUUUUUGCCAAUCUUCGAAAGACUCUGGCUACUGCCGCUGCUAUUCGUGAAUCUGUCCUACAUCUUGGUAACGAUCAUUUUCUCGGAGCUCCACAUUUCACCGCUCCUGCUGAAACUGGCCCUUCGGAACCCACGCCUAUGGAUAUCGAUGUUAUCCAACAUCAACGCCGUACCAACCAGGGUAAAGAUCAAGACCCAAUGCGUCGUUGGGCUGAGGAUGGUCAACCUAUUUGUGGCCAUUGCAACGCUAUUGGUCAUUUAACCAAGAAAUGCCGAUCCCAAAGUAACAAUCGGGGUAAUAACUCUGGUCGUAAUCAAUGGAAGCCUAAACAAGUCCAUGGCAUUGACUCAUCGUCUCCAUCCACUCCUGCUCCACUACCCACUAACAGUACGUGUUCGACAGUACGCUAUGUAAGCUCAAUUGACAUGCCCAACUACGCUGUUAUACCCAUUGAUGAUGAUCCGGUAUACACCUUCCCUGGUGUCCAUAGUGAACUGGCGGUUGUGCUCACUUGUCAUAUUGUACAUGAGUUAGCUCAUGAAGUAAUUAUCGGAUACCCGGAUUUGAAGGCUCUUUGUGCUGUGAUCGAUACCGCUUCCAACGAAGUCCGUAUCCCCAAGGCUAUCUCUGGUGACUCCUCUGGUGUUCCUCCGUCUGGUGUCCCCGUGGUUGCUAAGGUGUGUUCAAUGGCUACUACUCUCCGUCUACCAGGGUUCCAUCACGCAUAUGUUGAUAUCAAGGGUCCUGCAAACCGACUCGCGUUCGUAUCUACCCCACAAGACGUGACCUUGGAAAAACUCUUGUCUGUUGCUGCUGGCGUUGUCCAAUUUGAUUCUUCUGGCAUGGCCACAGUAAAAAUAGCUAAUUUAAACACCACUGAUGUUAUUAUAAAUAAAGGUCAGCAUAUCGCUUCUUACGAGUAUUUACCUUCGUUUUUUGAACUACAUUCUAUUUCUUCUAAAAUUCUUUCUCAGUCUAGUCCUCCUUCAGAUCCUAAGUCUUCACCUAGUACGUCUACUGCAUCUCUUGAUUUCACACCUUCCAUAUGUGAAGAUGUUUCACGGAUAAAAGAUCGGGAAUAA